GCCUGCGCUGUGCGGGGAGGAAUGAAAGAGAAAAGGGGAACAUCUGUUACACGUGGGGCUGGUUUUUGAAGACGGACUGCAGGCAGCUUGUGCGGGGCUUAAUGACUGUUACACUCGCAGGGCCUCAUGGGUUCCCGGUGGCGGCGGUUACUGCUGCUGGAGCAAAGGUUCCGCUCUGUUUUUUCGUUUCCACCGGCUGGAAACGGUCAGGUGCCUAACCCGGUCAGGUUUUUGCGUGCCACCGCUGUCAACUGUCGCCUACCGCAGACUGGCAACGGGCCCCCUCACGAGAAAAAUUGGGGUGGCAAAGGCGGCAGACGUAGCGACUGGGGGGCAGGGGUCGAAGAGCAGGAAGAUGAGAUGGAGGGAGACGGAGAAGAAGAGGACGAGGACGAGGACGAGCUGCUGACCCUUGAAGAGGAAGAGCUGCCCUCUGUCCCACGUGGCUUCCAGCAAGUGUUUGUGGUGCACCCAGCUGUGAAACGGGGGGCAGGCAAGACUCAGCUUACCACAGCUGAACUACAACUAGCUGAGGCUGUUGCUCUCAUAAAAACCAUUCAGAACUGGACAGUAUUAGAUACUUUAAUCCUUCCUACAAAAACUCCUGACAAGAAACUUAUAUUUGGCAAAGGGAAUUUUCAGCUUCUAACUGACAAGAUUAAAAGACUACCACAUGCAUCAUCUGUCUUCAUGAAUGUAGAAAGACUCUCUCCUCUCACAAAGAAAGAACUUGAAGAAGCCUGGGGAGUGGAAGUUUUUGAUCGAUAUACUGUUGUCCUUCAUAUUUUCCGCUGCAAUGCUCGGACUAAGGAAGCAAAGCUUCAGAUCGCAUUGGCUGAGAUACCACUUCUAAGGACCAAUGUGAAAAAUGAAGUUGAUCAAUUGGAUCAGCAGAGAGGAGGUUCAAGAUACAUUAUGGGAUCAGGUGAAACAUUCAUGGAAAAGAAGCUUCGGCUCUUAAAAGAAAAAGAACUUAAAAUUCGAAAGGCCCUGGAGAGACUUAGAAGAAAAAGGUGCUUACUCAGAAGCCAGCGGAAGAAGCGUGAAUUUCCUACAAUCUCAGUAAUGGGCUACACUAAUUGUGGGAAAACCACUCUCAUCAAGGCCCUUACUGGGGAUGCAGGAUUACAGCCUCAAGAUCAACUCUUUGCCACGCUGGACAUUACAGCCCAUGCUGGCUAUCUACCAUCGCGCCUGGCUGUUCUUUAUGUUGAUACUAUCGGGUUCCUCUCUCAGUUGCCUCAUGACCUCGUUGAAUCAUUUUCAGCUACGCUAGAAGAUGUAGCCUGCUCCGAUUUAAUUGUCCAUGUGAGGGAUAUUAGCCAUCCAGAAACCAACCUCCAGAAGGAAAGUGUGCUAGCUGUUCUCAGGAAUCUUCAGCUUCCGAGCCACCUACUGGAGUCAAUUAUUGAAGUUCAUAACAAAGUGGAUUUGAUAGAUAAGUAUCAUCCUAUUGAAGCAAAUACUAUAGCCAUUUCAGCUCUCCUUGGGCAUGGAUUGGAAGAGUUGAAAGAGGAAAUCGAGAGAACAAUUUUGAAAGUAACUGGGAAAAACAUUCUGACAGUUAAAAUCAGUUUAUCUGGACCUCAGCUCAGUUGGCUUUACAAAGAAGCAACAGUGCAAGAGGUUGAUGUUAUUCCUGAAGAUGGGACAGCCAAUGUAAAGGUGAUCAUAAGCAAUUCUGCUUUGGGCAGAUGUAAAAGACUGUUUCCUCGAUCAAGUUAUUUCACUUGAAAAUAAGGAGGCCUUUUGUUGCUGAAGAAAACCCACGAUUGGUAUUAGAGAAGUGGUUUCUUUACAGACAAAAAUUUAGUGAUCCAGUACAAUACAGACUUUCUUGUUUCUAUUUCUGACUAGCAUCUGCUUGGCAUAAAAUGUUGUCACUACCUCUGGAAAAACAUCAUGUUCUAAGAAAUCUACAUCAGCUUUGUAUUUGUGGGUGAUCAUAGAAAGCAAAUUAUCUUGGAUUCUUCAAUUCCUCCUGUAAUAAAACCACCUAAUCUUAGCAGACUGCCAAAUCCAUUCAACCUCUUAUGCAUUGUCUAUCUGAAAAAUUAAUUCUUAAUCAUUUCCUAGGCAUGUCUCCUUCACCUACUAAGCAGAAGUAAUUUAUACCAUAAACACUGAAAACAUGUCUUGUGCAUUUAACACAAAUAUUGUAUGUUAGAAUAAAUGUGUUUCCUUGCUUAAGAAUUCCUUCUACACAA